AUGUCAUUGACCACCCCCAUCAAAGUCGCCGCAGUCCAAGCGGCUCCCGUAUCCUUCGACUUGGAUGCAAGCUUGGAGAAACUCCAGAGAUUGACGGCGCAAGCUGCUGAGGAAGGCGCUGAUCUUGUCGCCUUUCCCGAAGCCUUUCUUUCCGCAUACCCUUGGCGCUAUUCUUUCGACGCGACUAUCGGCGCCCGCGAGCCUCGAGGCCGGAAAUGGUACGCUCGAUACGCGGGGUCGGCUGUUGCGAUUCCGUCGCCGGCUUUCGACGCACUGAAGGAGGCAGCCAGGACAAACAACGUGUUCCUCCAUGUUGGAAUCAUCGAGAAGGAUGGCGGAACUCUUUACUGUACGGCUGUAUUGUUUGACCGCAAUGGAGAAUUGCUUUACAAGCAUCGUAAGUUGAUACCGACCGCCGCCGAGCGGUUGGUCUGGGGUCGUGGUGCCGGUGACGGUUUAAAAGUAGUACAAACACCGCUCGGCAAGGUCGGGACUCUGAUAUGCUGGGAGAACUACAUGCCUGCAGCACGCAUGGCACUGUAUCAACAAGGCAUCGAGAUAUACGUCGCACCCAACGCUGAUGACUUGCCGGAAUGGACCGCAAGCAUGCAGCACAUUGCGAAAGAAGGUCGCUGUUUCGUUAUAUCCGUCAACUCGGUCUGCAAAGUGUCAGAUUUCCCAUCCGACUACCCGCCGUUCACAUCGGAGCAAAGCGAUCGCAAACCUGAUGGGUCACGGUGGGAAGCCGAAGACAUAGUAAACAGAGGGGGGUCAUGCGUCGUUGGGCCACUGGGCACGUUUUUGGCCGAACCCGUUUGGGACAAAGAAGAUAUUGUCUACGCGAGUUUGGAUGCAUCAGAGAUCUCAGAGUCCAGACUUGAUUUCGACCCCGUCGGAAGCUAUUCCCGACCCGAUGUCUUUACUCUGACUGUCAACACCAAGCCAGGGAGGAACGUGAGGUUUGAGUAG